CCGCGCAUGCGCACAUUUUAUUUUUGUCACGUGAUCUAACGAACGAAACAGCAAAGCAGGAAAUGCAGCCAGAAAUGAACGCGACGCAUCUUACCCACUUAUAAAUCAGCUUUACAUGUACCGGAAUGCAUCGUUUAUUAAGGUUGUGGGUGGUCUUUAUGUCUCUAUUCAUAAAUCAUGGAUUCGCCAGUAAAAUGAAAAUAGUCGAGGAGCCAAACACAUUUGGGUUGAAUAAUCCUUUUCUAGCCCAGGGAAGCAGACUACAGCCGAAAGUGACCCCAUUUCCAGUGUCUGGCCCUGCACAUCUUCAGCGGCUUGCAGGAAAGUGCUUCAGUUUCAUAGAGUCAACGUAUAAAUAUGAAUUCUGUCCAUUUCACAACAUCACACAACAUGAGCAGUCAUAUAGAUGGAACGCUUACAGUGGUAUACUGGGGAUCUGGCAGGAGUGGGAAAUAGUAAACAACACUUUCACAGGCAUGUGGAUGAGAGAUGGGGAUACUUGUGGAACCAGAAACAGGGAAACAAAGGUGAUUCUUGUCUGCAGCACAAGCAGUAAGCUAGCUCAAGUCUCCGAGCCCAGUACCUGUGUGUACUCACUGACCUUUGAGACCCCUCUGGUUUGCCAUCCUCAUUCUCUUUUAGUGUACCCGACAUUGAGUGAGAAGCUGCAGAGGGAAUGGGAUGAAGCCGAGCAGGCUCACUAUGAAGAGCUUGUUACUGAGCAGGGUUACAACAAUCUCUUGAGGGAUAUUUUUGAGGACGCUGGUCUCCUGAAAAGCCAAAAAGUGAGAAUAAAGGCGGCAGAAGUUGCAGUGGAUUCAGAAACACACAACUCUUUACAGAAAUGCACAGAGGAUUUCCAAAAACAAAGGGAAGAGAUUGAGAGACUGCGCGCGCUCCUUACUCAACACAAUAUUCCUUUUGAUUCAAAGCACAAUGAAGCCAAAAGCACAGUGAGCGUGACAGUGACGGAUCAACAGCCAAGAGGAGACAACGGCCUUAUUGAACAUCUCCUAGAGCACGUCACCGUCUAACCAUCUAACAGACGCUUACUGGAUGUGAAGGUUCUGUUUGAGCGACGGAGACACUCGCUCAACAUGACGACUGAAGGUUGAUUUCAUCAGGGCACAUGGAGGAAAAACUGAACUCAUUUGUGGAUUAUAAACUUCAAAGACCUUUUUUAAAAAACAAAAUCUAGAACACUCACUUUGCUAUUUCCAAGAGUUUCUUCUGAAAGGAUUACAUUUUCAUCAUGUAGAAAUCUGUAUAUACACAACCUUUAAAAAAAAUAAAUGUUUAAGAGGAAAUUGUUUUGCUUUGAAGAGGGAUGAAAGGGUUAAAAGUACACACGUCUUAACAUUAGACUUUAUGAAGAUUUAUAAACUAUAUUCCUAUAUAUUAUACUACAUUAUAAACGAUAAAAUUGAGUCCCCCAAAAUCUGUUUCAGGACAAAAAUUGUAGUCAAACAGUAUUUCCAGACUUUUUUAAUGUGUACAGAAAAAUAGGAAAUUCAUGAAUUAACCAUGUUAUUAAUUAGCUGAUAUGAUACUCGAGUGUGUCUCACCACAACGCAAUAAUGUGAAACUCCCAACA